AUGAACCAAGCCCCUGAUGGAAGAUGGAUAAGGGUGCCCUCGGCCCCGACAUCAUCGGCGCAAACAUCGCAUAGGAAUGCAAUCAGAUGGCCUGAACAACUUCAGACGGCCCAUCACUUGGACGCAAGUCAUCAACUACCCGGAGCGCACUAUCAACAACAACCACAACCACAGCGGCCUGCAAUACCUCAUGAUCAUCCUCCCUAUCCGCCCAGACCGCCACUCCAACAACAACAACAACCUGAUCAGAACAAUCUCGGCUUCGAGAGAACCUACGAGGUCUCUUCCGAGUACACCGUCAGUCCCAGCCCUCCGAGCUCUGCACACCGUUUUCAACAGCACACCGCUGCUCCCUUACCGCCUCGCUCCCCUCAGCCGCAGCCGCAGCAACGCGAUGACGCUCGAAAGAUGAGCUUCGACUCUGUGCUUCAGCUCCCGCCAAGACGGACUAAUGCAAGAGCGUCCCAAGCUUGCAACACGUGCAGGAGGCUCAAGACAAAGUGCGACAUGGCUAGACCUUGUAAGACUUGCCGGGACAGAAAAGGAGAUUGCGUUUACUCUGGGUCGGUAUCAAAGUAUCACGACAGAUAUUCACAGUUACUGUUCGACGGCCUUCAGCAUGAAAUGGCAAAGCUGCAAGAGCGAACAGAGCACAUAGAACGCCUCCUCGGCAUCAUGACCGCACCGGCUCUCGAUAGAGCCCUCACGAACAGCACGGUAGCUCAGGGUGAGGUUUUGGCAAUCAGAGAACAGUGGCAUCCUCAAGCAGCGAGGUUCGAUCCGGGCAUGCAGGCUACCGUCGCCGCAGAGAUGGUUGGCAGGCCACUUGGAAAGCCGCCAGCAAAGAUUGACACGAGACCUCCCAUGGGCCCCAACGAUGACCCCAUCAUGAUAAACCACCCUACCUUAGUUCAAGAGGUCCUACAGUGGCCUGCAGUCAGUCAUUUUGUCCAGAGACUACUAGCCAGCGAAGGCAUUCAAUCCCCUACAGAUUUCCCACUGCUCUUGGAGCAGCAGAGAGAUCGACUUUGUCCACCAUUUGGAACAAGCGAGAGCUACGAAAAGACAGAAAAACCUACUACCAUCACUCAUUAUGAGUUAGAACCAACCGGGCCGCCUGGGCCGCCGCUACCUACCCGCAUCGACUGGGGUCCAGCCAGUGGUCUUUCUGGCCAUAUGAGUCCUGAAAGAGCCGGAUCAAGUCCACAGGGGAGCUUGGAGCCCGACUUUAGCCCAGAGACAGUGUGGAAGCUGGUACAAAGCUACAAGAUUAACAUACAAAACAUGCACCCGCUUAUGGGCCAAGAGGAGCUGGAAGUUAUGGUCAACAAGUUCCUUGAAAACCAGUCCAACCCUGCGAAAAAGCAAUCAGCUGCGGCCGCCAAGCUCACAGUUAGGAGGCUCAACAAGAGGAAGCGCUCUCCUAUUCCCAAUGGGCAAGACCUUUCAGCGUCUGAAUGCUCCGACUUGCACACCCCCCGGCAGGCACCAAAGCUGACGAGGUCAGACAUUACUAUUGACGAUGCUGUCGUACUGUGCAUAUUAGCUCUCGGCAAGAUCAGCUCUUACAAAGAGAGGUUGCCGGACAGUUUCUCCGAAGACUUGAACUGGCAGCACCGUCUGUCACCAGCACAACCAGAACAAUACCCAGCCCCUAUUUCGCAAAGCUACCCUCUGCCUGCGACAUUGCAUCCAGACCAACACACUCCAACGAACCCGAGGAAACACAUUCACGACAUGCCGGGUCUAGAAUAUCUCACACAAGCCACAGACAUCAUAACAAGUCAGAUGCAUGCCUGCACCCUAAAGCAUGUUCAAGCCAACAUACUCGCUGGGCUCUACUAUGGACAGCUGGGUCGCCCGUUGGAAAGUGUUGAACAAGUUCAGCAAGCGGCCAUAAGGAUCCAGCAGCUUAUCAGACCUGAAAUUCUCGACCAGUUACGUCUUCCACGAUCCGGAAUUCUUUUGUACGAGCAUGUCAUGCCUAAGCCGAACGCAGUCAAGGCUCUGCAGCUUGGAGUCGAACAAGAUGUGAUGGAACACUACAUGGCGCAACUCUACCUCCGACGGCAACUCAACCAUAUUCACGAUAUGCUUCAGCCGUCCUGCGAUCCCGAGCAUAUGCUACACAGGCAGCCAAUGUCCCCAACGACACCCCUGAUACGUGCAUUUAAGCAGUGCCUCGACAAGUCGGAAUGGGCUUCCGAGCGUCUGCAAUUCGACGACAACGAUGCGCCCUCCCCCAACCUUUUGCAAGCCCGGCUGCGCGCCAAGUACUGGAAGGCGCUCGUUGCCACGUUUAGGCCGGUUAUCCGGGCCAUUGUCAACAUGCCGUACGAAGUGCCCAUGUACAAGCUGGAAGAGAAUGAGAAUGUCGGUGGGGAGGCAAAUCUGGAAGACCGCGUCGAUGGAUCUCUGUACCCGCUCGACCCAAUGAUGCUAGAGCAUGCGCGCCAGGCCGUCAAGGCCCUCGUCGAAAGCACACGAGCAUUUCACGCUAUUCAAGACGCCAGACUUAUUAUACCGGAUGUUUUUGGAACGGCACACAUGCAAUGGAGCAACUUGAUUACAUUGGUCGCCAUAUACCGGGACCCUCGCGUCGGGCGCCUCGUCGAUGGCGUCACACUCAGAGACCUCUUCCGACGAACGAUAGAAUUCCUUGGCGUGGUUGUGCAUGCGCCAAGCUCUCUUUCAGUCAUACUACGAAUCCUACAGAGGCUAGAGAUGGAACUUUUUGACGGCAGGACAGACCGAAUACCUUGAUAAUGUUUUGUUUAUUUUUAUUUUUAUUUUUAUUCUAGGCGGGGGGUUUUUUUUAAAAAAAAAAAGGGUUCUAAGAUAAUUAGACACGUCGAUACAUGGGGCGCGCAAGGGGUACAUAAUCUAUAAUCGUUUAUUUUACAUAUAUACAC